GUAUGUACUGGACUGAGUAAACUUUUUAGCUUGUUCGGCACAUUGCUUCUAUAACAGAUUCAUGUUUACAUAUACAUUAUAAAUAGUGUUACCUUUAGAAAAGAGAGAUACAGGGAUAGAUUUAAUGCAGGAUUAAUCAGAUCAUUGCUGGAAGUUAGGUUACCAUUCUGAACCCAGUUACCUAUGAGUAAAUCCAAUUGAACUCAGUGGGAAUUCGAGGUAGACAUACAUUUCUGCUGUCAAUCAAGUGGGGCAAGCAGACUGGAUGUAAAGAUAAAACUUCAAAUAAUUGCAAAACAGAUUCCUGGACAUACUUAAAAUGAAAUUAUUUGCAUUCAGUCAUAGGAAAGAAAAGAGUCAUGUUAAGAAAUGAAAAGUUAAGAAUUUGUUUACUCUGAUAUUAUGCUUGCAAGACUGGAUACAUUAAAGCGUGUCUUCAUUCUUUCAGCCCAUGGAGAAUAGUGGACGACUGCGGCGGUGCCUUCACAAUGGGAGCUAUUGGUGGUGGCAUCUUUCAAGCAGUGAAAGGAUUCAGAAAUGCCCCAGUGGGUGUCAAUUACCGGUUGCGGGGUAGUUUGACAGCUAUUAAAACCAGAGCACCACAGUUGGGAGGUAGCUUUGCUAUCUGGGGUGGUCUCUUCUCCAUGAUUGACUGUAGUAUGGUGAAAGCAAGAGGAAAAGAAGAUCCUUGGAAUUCCAUCACCAGUGGAGCUCUAACUGGUGCCAUAUUAGCUGCAAGAAAUGGACCAGUUGCCAUGGUUGGGUCAGCAGCCAUGGGAGGAAUUCUUUUGGCUUUAAUUGAAGGAGCAGGUAUCCUAUUAACAAGAUUUGCAUCUGCACAGUUUCCAAAUGGACCUCAGUUUUCAGAAGACCCCUCCCAGUUACAACCCUCUCCAUUUGGAGACUAUAGGCAGUAUCAAUGAUUGUUAGUAUUUUUUUCUGCUCCAUAUUGUACAAGCAAUUUUUCAUCCUUUCAUGGACAAGCAAGACACAAUAUCACUUGAAGACUUUUCAUUGGAUCUAUACACCUCUGUAUUUUUCACAGUGCUUAAGUUAUGAAUCAUAGAACUCAAUAAUUGUAAAGUGGAUAUGAGAUGCCUGAAAAACUCCUUAUUUUUCUUAAGAGGAAAAAGCAAUGUACUGUUACAGAAAGACCUGAAACUGUGGCCUUUACAGUAUAGUGCUGACCACACUGCUGCCAUAAAUUUUAAGGAACAGAACAACCAUGCAUUGCCAAGAGUUGCCUAUCCUGUAUAUCAGAGGACAAUGUGUAGUUGAAGUGGACUGUGUUUUGUUUUAUAUCGGAUGAGUAUAGGGGAUACCAUUGAUGAGAUAUGAGGCUGGAUAUUAAGGAAAAUCAUAACAGUGCUCUAAUGUUAUCACUUGAUGGAUUCUUCUGUUGGCAUAAACUACUGUAGAAGUCCCAACAAAUUAUGAAGGGAGUCUUUCAUCUGUUUAUUUAAAGAUUUGCUUAGGCUUUCUUCCAAGUUGUGCUUUGGUAGAAUGCUGCCCAAUUUAAUGUCUGACCAUUUUGAGUCCUUACAAUUAGGUUUUGUAUAUGAAUUACAUAGUAAUGUAAAGGGAAUUGUGGACAGUGAUAUAGUGUAAUUCACACCUGUAAAAUCUACUGGUUAUAAAUCUGACACAUCUGCAAACAAACAUAUUAACCUCCAUGGCAAUGUUAUGCUAGGCUUUCAGGGCUCUGUUUCUUUAAUUUUGAGGUGUUUGAAGUGAACUUUCCAUUCCUGAAUAUGAAUUAGCAAUGUAUUUAUACUUUUUCAGAUAGUAGUGGAUCCAGAGUGGUGUUGGCUUUAUUUUGUUUUAUUUUUUUGCCCCUGGUGUCAACAUACACUACCUGAAAUGACAGGGGAAAGGGAAAGAUAUAUAUAUAUAUAUAUAUAUAUAUAUUUCAAAACCAGAAGGGCACUUCCAAAAUUGUUAAUACAAAAUUUCAGGAGGCCUUGCACUUUUUAUUUAAAAGUUAAGUUGCUGUUCUCAAGAGAGAGGGGUCAUAUUUUUUUGCCCAGGAAAAGGGAAUCUGAAGCAGUUGACAGCUGCAAAAACAUCCUUGGGUAGGUGGCACUUUGCCCACCUCGUGAUGUGAACGAAGAAUCUAACUUUAUAGAUAGUUACCUGUAUAAUAGUGCAGAAUUGAACUAGCUUGAAUACACAUGCUAGUCCAGGCACUUGGUUAUAGUGUUUUUAAAUUCUUGACUAUCAUUUUCCAUUUGUACAAAGCAUGUAUGUACCGUUUGUUUAUAACCUAUGUGAAUGAAGAGAGAAAUUUAUUUACAAGCUGAGUGGCUGUAUAGGUUUUGGCAAUUUAUUAGGUAUGUGAACCAAAAAAAAGUGGACAUCAUAUUUGCACAAGCCCAUUCAACAAAACAAAAUGUACAUAUUCUGUUUGUGAAGCUAAAAUUAAACUAGAGUCAUCCAGUGA